AUGUCUCACGACUUCGUCGAUGCGGAGUCGCGUAACCGCCUACCGACCCUCUUUGAGGUUCUGAGCCGCCGAACUCUCGCCCCGGUCGACCUGUUUUCGUUCUACAUUUACAUGCGCGAUCAGCAGCGUUCCGUGGACUAUCUGGACUUCUGGCUUGAUGUAUCUCAACAUAUGUUAUUGUGCCGACACUAUGUCCGUGAACUACGUCGUUCUGUCCUGAUCGCGACUCCCGAUCUAGAAGCGAUCGAUCACAACCGAUCGUCUGCCAUGCUAGAUAAUCUAGAGAACCUCGGUGAUAUUCCACUAACAGAAGCUGGGCCUUCGCGUCUACGGCGCGAAUUCCAGGAAAAUGAGAAAGACAGGGACGCCGACCACCGCCUGUCGGCAUUCCUACGCUCCGAUGGCCACACCACAUCACCUUCCCGGCAAAAUAGUUUGGGAUCAUCAAAUGAAUCAGCACAUCGAGUUCCUUCGCCGGAAGAUGGUCGUGAUACCCCGGAUUCCAGGCGUAACGACUCAAACUCCCCUGGACACACCGUGGAUCGCAAUGACAUUCGCGCCAGCGCCGAGAAGAUUCUGUACACAUAUCUGCUCCCUGGCUCCGAGCGAGAGAUCAUGCUACCAGAAUCAAUGGUUUCGACAAUUAUCAAUCUAGUUGAAGACGAUGGCCGAGAUGACCCCGAAGUGUUCGACCCCGCUAAGGACUAUGUGUUCCAAGCCAUGGAGCGUGAUGCAUUCCCAGGAUUUUUGCAGGCAAAAGCUCUUGGAAACAUGGUUCCCUUGAGUACAAUAUUGCGCUUGGCUUUUGCUCUGAUCAGUUUCGGUGGAGCCUUCUGGGCGGCUUUCUACGUUGUCCUGCGAGACAAGCCUCGGAGCAUUCGCUGUUGGGUUAUCCUUCCCUUUGCUGUCGCUGCAUACUUCAUCAUUUCUUACCAGUACAAGAUCGACCCCGUCAUGGCGUUCCUGGGCUACAGUGAAUAUACAUUUAUGAACUGGGCCCCUAUUCGCGAGCCAUAUGUCCGAAAGCUACUGAACAAGCGCGCCGUCGUUACAGCAACAAUCGCCUUCGUGACAGCAGCAGCGUUAAGCAUCUUAUUCAUUUUCGUCCCCGGUACCAUGAUGUGA